AUAUUCCGAACUCGUGCCUCACGGCUGGCGCUCUUCCACGCUCAGAUCCCCCCUUCUUCGGACUCUAUCGUGAGCUUCUCAUCUUCAAAUAAAAUCCCUUUUCUUUAUUCUCAAAAAAGAAAAAGGGCACAAAAAAAAAGCAUUUUUUCUAAAGCUCCCAUAAAAUUUCCCCGCUCUUACAUUUCGACGCAUAGGCUUCGAUGGCUCUUCAAGUGGGCGGUACAAGCUUCGGCCUUUUUCACCGCAAUAGCGGUCUUAGAAUAAGAGCUGUGGCCUCUGAGAGUGCUACAACCUCAAGAGGAGAGGAGAACAAAGUGAAGUUGGGUGGUUCUGAGGUUAAAGUCACCAAGCUUGGGAUUGGGGCCUGGGCUUGGGGUGAUACUAGCUAUUGGAAUGAUUUUCAAUGGGAUGACAGGAAGUUGAAGGCAGCAAAGGAAGCUUUUGAUGCCAGCAUUGAUGGAGGCAUAAAUUUCUUUGAUACAGCUGAAGUGUAUGGAGCCGGGAUUACGGGAGCAAUUUGUUCUGAAACUUUACUUGGAAGAUUCAUCAAAGAAAGGCAGAAUAAGGAUCAGGUUGAGGUAGCUGUGGCAACAAAAUUUGCAGCUUUGCCUUGGAGGUUUGGCCGAGGGAGUGUCCUCUCUGCUCUAAAAGAUUCUUUUUCUCGACUUGGCCUUUCCUCUGUCGACCUCUACCAGCUUCAUUGGCCAGGGAUUUGGGGAAAUGAAGGAUACAUUGAUGGCCUUGGAGAUGCUGUUGAACAGGGGCUUGUGAAGGCCGUUGGGGUCUCAAAUUAUAGUGAGAAGCGGCUUAGAGAUGCUUAUGACCAGCUAAAGAAGAGAGGGAUUCCUUUGGCCUCCAACCAAGUGAAUUACAGUCUAAUAUACAGGAAUCCUGAGGAUAAUGGUGUAAAGGCUGCUUGUGAUGAACUAGGGAUCACUUUGAUUGCAUAUUCUCCAAUUGCUCAAGGUGCUCUUACUGGAAAGUACACCCCAGUGAAUCCUCCUACUGGCCCUAGAGGCCUAAUUUACACUCCCGAGUUCCUCGCUAAGCUACAACCUUUAGUAAGCAGGAUCAAAGAAAUUGGAGAGAAUUACGGAAAAACUCCUACCCAGGUUGUUCUCAACUGGUUAAUUUGUCAAGACAAUGUGGUGCCGAUUCCAGGAGCUAAGAAUGCAGAGCAAGCCACAGAAUUUAUAGGUGCUCUAGGUUGGAGUCUCGCUGAUCGAGAUGUUGAGGAGCUCCGGUCACUGGCAUCACAGAUUAGACCUGUUAUCGGAUUCCCUGUUGAAAAAUUAUGAUUAUGUUCUAAAUCAGUAAUAGAUGUGAUUCAUUAUUAGAAAACAUAAGAGUUGAGAGAAAUGUUUAGUAUACAAAUCAUGUAAAAAUAGUUUACUGCAUAUUUAUUCCACUGAAUGCCUAAAGGAAUCGUUCCUUUGUUGAACAUCGCCAAGUUUGAACUCUCAGUUAGUUGUUUUUCCC